AUGUCCAUCUUCAUCAAACCACCUCUGCCUCGUCGCGCGAGAAAGGUCAUCGCUAAGGACAAGGGGAAACCGGAAGCCGCCGACUGGGCUAGCGAAGUGCCAUAUUCAAUGGGCCAAUAUACCGGAACCAUUCCUCUCUCGACUCUAAAGGAGAUUCUUCCAAAGCCCGAAACAGCUGCUGCCGCCAGAGUUCUUGAUUCGGUUACGGGAAAUACACACAAAACUAUACGAGACGAGCGAAAUCCCAAAGAGUCGAAGCCCUAUAUCGACGGCUGCCUCGUGCCGCGGCACCUCCAGGACGUUGUACAGCAAGACUACUGGGACGAGAGAGCUUACAAUAAUGUGAUCCGGCAUGGAUAUCUCUCACGAGAAGUUCGUUACAACAGAUGGCUCGCGGCUCUUUAUCAGCAAGAAGCUGGCCCCGGCUCUAAUCUGGAAGUGGUCAGAUUUUCGAGGGCUCCCGGGCCUGCUGGUUCAGGCACUGGCACCAGCACAGACACAAUCCAGACACCACAUUUCGAGACAUCGUGUCUCUACGGUCAAGAUGCGCCCCAAUUGAGAACCUCGCAUCUGGCCUGGGCCAAGAAACAAAUCAUGCAAACUCGGCGCAAGAGGGAGGAAAAGUUGCGAGAGAAGCAGCUGCAUUUGCGAGGAGGACUGGUUACUGCCUUGAAGACUCACACCCCCAAAAAGCGUUCACUAAAAGCACCCUUGCCGUUGCAUUGUCGAGUCACGGCGGCGAGUCCACGAAAGCACAGCACGGUUGAUGAGUAUGCGGAAGCGUUCAAAUCGUGGGAUAUGUCCAUGUCGAAAACGAUUCCAGGCUAUGCCGAUGAUGGCCGGAAGAGACUCUGGUACACGUCGCGGCUGGAUGAGCCGGCGUGCGUCAGUGAUGGUGACGGAUCUCGCCAGUAA